AUGAUUUACCACUCGGGGGGUCGAAAAGGAGUUUUAUUUCCUCAAGUUCUUCUUUGGGAGUUUCUGGAGUUGGGGGAAAAGAAAGAAAACUCUUUGCAAGUUUCCGAUCUGGUUCUUGCACGAAGUGGAAACGCGGCGCAUGCAGCAGCGGAUCGGGGUGUUGAAGCUGGAGAGGCCGACAAGAGCGCCGCGACCGUGAACAGAAAGGCAGUGGAAACCGCCGAGGGAAGAAUCGGUGUUCGGGGAGAAAGCGCCAUUUUUAGGGCUGAUCUUGGAAAAAAAGGGAAGGAUGCCCGCGUGCGGCACAUCGCCGACCGCAUUGCCCUCAGCUGCGGCGCUGCUGUGUUGGUGCCAGAGCUGCCAGCAGCAGCAGCAGCAGCAGCAGCAGCAGCAGCAGCAGCAGCAGCAGCAGGGGGAGAAGCAGCGGGAACAGCAGGCUCUGGCGCGAGUGCUGCUGCUGCUGGCCACCUGCAGCAGCUGGGCAUUCACGGGCUUGUGGCCCGCGCGCUGCUGUGGCUGCGGCUGCAGGAAGCAGCAGCAGCAUUUGCUGUCUUUGGGGUGGGCGAAGGAGCAGCAGCAGCUCUUGAGUUUGCUGCUGCAGUUGCCCCGGGUGCCCGUGCUGCAGUGUCAGUGGCCCCUGCUGCUGCUGACGCCGCUGCUGCUGCUGCUGCUGCCGCUGCUGCGCGCCCAGAUGCUGCUGUUGCUUUAUUUCCUUCUCCAUUUGACAUGCGGGCUGUGGCAGCAAAUUUAAAAGCCCCCACUUUGGCUCUUUUUGGGGGCAGGGCCCCCCGCCCCGCGGCCGUGGGGUGUACAGACACCCCAGCAGCAGCAGCAGCAGCAGCAGCAGCAGCGGCGGCGGGUUCGCCUCCCGCGGGUGCAGCUGCGGGCGCUGAUGCCCCCGGCGGACCUGCUGCUGCUGCUGCUGCUGCAGGAGACUCUUCUCCUGCUGCUGCUGCAGCGGGAGAAGAAUCUGCUGCGGCUGCUGCUGCAGCGGGAGAAGAAUCUCCUGCUGCUGCUGCAGCGGGAGAAGAAUUUCCUGCUGCUGCUGCUGCAGCGGGAGAAGAAUCUCCUGCUGCUGCUGCUGCAGCGGGAGAAGAAUCUCCUGCUGCUGCUGCUGCUGCGGGAGAAGAAUCUCCUGCUGCUGCUGCUGCAGCGGGAGAAGAAUCUCCUGCUGCUGCUGCUGCAGCGGGAGAAGAAUCUCCUGCUGCUGCUGCUGCUGCGGGAGAAGAAUCUCCUACUGCUGCUGCUGCAGCGGGAGAAGAAUCUGCUGCUGCUGCUGCUGCUGCAGCGGGGGAAGAAUCUGCUGCUGCUGCUGCUGCUGCAGCGGGGGAAGAAUCUGCUGCUGCUGCUGCUGCUGCGUUCGAGCAGCUGAUGCGCCUGCAGCUGAGGGCUAAAGACCACUGGGUAGAUACAGCUGAGCCCCCCAGGGCCACAGAAGGGGCCCCUGCGGAGUUGCUGACAGAAGAGCAGCUGCUGAUGGCCACUUCUUGGCUGGACUUGUGGCUGGGCCGCCAAGUGCCGGAGAGCGUUUCUGCGGCGGAGGACGUGAGGGGUUUUAGUCUUCGUUUUCGGGAUUUUAAGAAAUAA